AUGGGAAAGGACUAUUAUUCCAUUUUGGGGGUGAGCAAAGACUGCACCACCAAUGACCUGAAGAAGGCCUAUAGGAAACUAGCCAUGAUGUGGCAUCCGGACAAACAUAAAGAUGUCAAGUCCAAAAAGGAAGCAGAGGAAAAAUUUAAAAAUAUUGCAGAGGCAUAUGAUGUCUUGUCUGAUGAGGAGAAGAGGAAAAUUUACGAUGCCUAUGGGGAGGAGGGACUUAAGGGUUCUAUCCCCACGGGUGGAAAUACUUAUGUGUAUAGUGGUGUGGAUCCUUCGGAAUUGUUCAGCCGUAUUUUUGGCUCCGAUGGGCACUUUUCCUUUUCGUCUGGCUUUGAUGAUGACUUUUCUCCCUUCUCCACGUUUGUCAACAUGACUUCCAGGAAGGCGAGGCCCUCCGCGUCUACAAGCGUAAACAACAACAACUACAGCAAGCCCGCGACGUUCGAAGUGCCGCUGUCGCUGAGCCUGGAGGAACUCUACACCGGGUGCAAAAAGAAGCUAAAGAUAACCCGCAAGAGGUUCAUGGGUUCUAAGAGUUACGAAGAAGACAAUUACGUAACCAUAGAUGUAAAGGCAGGCUGGAAGGACGGAACAAAAAUAACUUUCUAUGGUGAAGGAGAUCAGCUAUCCCCAAUGAGUCAACCAGGCGAUUUAGUUUUUAAAGUAAAAACAAAAACACAUGACAGAUUUGUGCGAGAAUCGAAUAAUUUAAUAUACAAGUGUCCUGUACCACUGGACAAAGCUCUCACCGGCUUCCAAUUCAUUGUGAAGUCGUUAGACAAUAGAGAAAUAAACGUCCGUAUGGACGAAAUUGUGACUCCCCAAACGAAAAAAGUGGUGUUGAAGGAAGGAAUGCCUUCUUCAAAAAUGCCCAACACCAAGGGAGACCUUAUUGUAGAAUUUGACAUCAUAUUUCCAAAAAACCUGACUGGCGAAAAAAAGAAAAUCAUACGAGAAGCGCUAGUUAAUACAUUCUAA